UAAAUUGGAGUGCAUUUUUAAUGUGUCUAAUACAUGCAUAGAUGAAGUAGUAGAGGAACUUAAUUUCCUUACAUCGUCUGCAUCUGGCCCUGUUAUAAAAAACAUUAUACUUAACACUCUAAAGAGGCAUGGCUGCAUUUUCGAAGAUUCUGUCAUUUCAGAACUGGUUAAAGAUCUUUGCCAGCUUAACCCUUUCUGUGCUGCUUUAGGAUUGGACGGGCCUUUAAGUACACACUAUAAAAGAGAACAAUUUAUGAAGGAGCAUCUUUCACUGACUGAGCCAGUCGAGUACAUACUUGAUUGCAGCAAGAAUGCAACCUUACAGUAUGUUCCGAUUCUCCCAUUAUUGUCUCAACUUUUGAAUAAUGGACACAUUCAGGACACAAUUUUACACAACAGGAGGCCGUGCAAUGUGUCUUCAGAGUACAGGUCUUUGCAUGAUGGAUCUUUCUACAAAGAAAACUGCUUUUUAUCUGGAGAUGAACUGAAACUCCCGUUGAUUCUCUACAUCGAUGACUUCGAAAUAUGUAACCCUCUGGGGACAUCACGCAAGAAGCAUAAAGUCACUGGCGUGUACUGGGUACUUGCAGACAUCCCUGCUACUCUUCGGUCUACACUAAGUUCCAUUUAUCUGGCCAUUCUUUGUAAGGCAGAUGAUGUCAAGCAAUAUGGAUACCCAAAAAUGUUGUUACCACUGCUUAAAGAUUUGAAAUGCUUGGAGGAUGAUGGCAUAUUUGUACCAAGUCUGGGCAAAGUGGUGAAGGGCACUGUAUUUGCCGUAGCAGCUGAUAAUCUUGGCGCUCACUCCAUCGGUGGGUUUAUUGAAAGCUUUUCUUCCUCUCAUUAUUGUCGCUUUUGCACUGGAAAGAGUUCAGACAUCCAGGAACAUGAAGUAAGAGCAGGAAUGUUCCCUCUGCGAACUAAGUCCAGCCAUACACUCCAUGUCGAAGCAGCGUUGUUGGACACUGCAGAAGCUCAUCAUUGUGGAGUUAAAAGACAGUGUCCCAUCUCUGACAAACUGAGUUACUUUCAUGCCACAUCAGGUUAUCCCCCUGAUGCUUUGCAUGAUUUGCUUGAAGGGAUUGUUCCUCUUGAACUUGCACAGUGUCUUGACGUGUUAAUCAAGAAGAAAUACUUCUCUCUUCUUGAACUUAACUCUUCAAUCCGUCGAUUUCCCUACAAAUGGAAUGACAAAGUGAACUGUCCACAAGCUAUCCCCCUGACUUUUGCAUCACGUAAAAGUAUAGGAGGCAAUGCACAUGAAAACUGGUGCUUGUUACGGAUGCUACCUUUUAUGAUUGGCAACAAAGUGCCAGAAGAGGACUCAGCAUGGCAGGUUUUGAUGACCUUGAAAGAUGUUGUUGAGCUUGUCAUGGCUCCUGUUUACACAGAUGAGACGCUAGGAUACAUGGAAAGCAAGAUUAGUGAACACCGUUAUAGGUAUUUGGAUUUGUUCCCAGAGGAGAAAUUGAGACCGAAACAUCACUUCCUGGAGCAUUAUCCUUGGCUCACAACUGCUUUUGGACCACUUGUGUUUCUCUGGACCAUGCGAUUCGAAGCCAAACACCGAUUUUUUAAAAGGAUUGUGAGGCAGACUGGGUCAUUCAGAAACAUUCUAAAAACAAUGGCAAGAAAACACCAAUCAAUGAUUGCAUACCACAUCCAUGAUGCUAACAUUCUAAGACCAAAACUCUCUUUGUCAAGAAUGACUCAAGUGGCAGUGGAGGUUCUAAAGGACAGCAUUAAGGAGUCUUUUGUAAAUAAGUUUCCCAGGGAAGCGGUUGUGAGUAUGACAAACAAAGUCACCAUUUUAGGCACUGACUACUGUGUUGGAAUGUUGUUGCCUUUUGGAUCAACAGGAGGAUUGCCUGACUUCGGAGAAAUACUCCAAAUAAUCAUUGUGCAUGAAAGUCCUGUCUUUGUUCUGAAGUUGCUAAGUGGGUGGUACCAUGAGCACCUGAGAUGCUUCAAAGUAGAGCCAAAAGGAGAGAUUGAAGUCGUGCAGCAUUCAGAAAUGAAGGAUGCAUACCCCUUAGCUGCAUAUAAUACUUUGCAUGGUCGAAUGGUGUCCCUAAAACACUUCAUUUGUAUAUCAGAGUAGGUUUUUCAGUUUAAUUAUUCAUGCCUUAUCAAUCGUAUAUUAAUCAUGCCAAGUAUAAUAAUUAUAAAAAAUGCAAUCUAUUUUUCUGUCUCCCUACAGCUGAAGACAACACAUACCCCAAAGGAAAUGUCCGUCCAGUUGCGAGUCAUCAUAGAAGAAAACAAUAUCCGAAAGUUGACGCUUCCAUCAGGAAUUCCUAAUAAGGUGGAAGAUCUUGUUUCAGAAAUCAUUGAGACAUUCCAGAUACAUGGUGAAUUUGGACUACUCUAUGAGGACAAAGACUUUGGGAACCAGUUUUUCACUCUACAUUCUACUUCCGACCUGGAAGACAAGGGCACUGUGAAAUUGGUAAGAAAAGAUCCCUUGAUAACCCUUGACUUGCAUCCAGUAGAUGAAUCAGGACUGUCCUCUACACCAAGUACCUUGGAGACCCACCUUGUGGAUGAUCGAGUCAAGUCAUAUCAUGCCUCUGGAACACAUUUCCAGGAUGCAAGUAUUAAAUCUGCAAUAAUGCAAGACUUAGCCAAAGCUGUAUUUUCUUACACGGCCUAUCCUUCAAGUAUGCAAAUAUCCUCUGUGGCUGAAGCCCUUCUUGAAAAGUUUCCAUGCCUAAAGGAGCCUGGGACCUUUGCAGGCACGUAUGGCUGGCAGCAACGCCUAAAGUACAAGAUGCACAAUUUCCGUGCCAAGCUGAAAUCACAAAAAUAUACAUAUCCAGAAUUAGAAGUAAACACAUUGAAGAGGAAGCGACCAACCGAUGCAGCACCAGCUAAAAAUGUGAAAAGGCCAAAGAAAGCAGAAGUGAAUUAUCUCCCUCCGCAUCCUGUUGGAGAAAAUGAGGACACAUUGGAAAAGGUGAGGCUUGAGUUAGUCGAUGAAACGAAGAAGAAGAACAACGCAAAAGUAAUUGAAGAAAAAAUGUCAAAAACCUUUUCAAUUAGAAGACUGGAGGUUGUGACCACCGGCCCUGCUGUCAGUGUUUUAAGAGAGAGGUGGCCUGGAUUAUUCAGUAAGGCUCAGGUAAGGAUGUUCUUUAGUUUAAUUUUUUUCUUUCAAGAACUGUUGUUCAUCUCAUUUGUUUAAUUUAAAAUUGGUUUCAAACCUUAUAAUCUCUGACUAUAAUUGUGAUAAUUAUUGUAUUUUUAUGUUCUUUUACUGAUUUACUAGAUCAAAGAGGAAUUCAGACGUAUAACAACAGUCUCCUUGGAGGAGACAUUUAUGCUGAAUCUUGAUGGGUACACACCACGUCUUCUGCAGUUGAUGCGUGCCAAAGGAGGAGCAUUUGGUACCAAGAUGCAUCCUCUCCUGAGCACUGUAAAUGAGUUCCAGAGUAUUGAGAAAAAAAGGGAUGCAUGCAUCUGUUGCCUCAUUGAGUAUCUUGGGGAAAAUCAAGAAGAGCUGUUCCAAGACUGUCAGGAGGAUGAACUUGAAGGCCACACAAAUGAAAUAAUGAAGUUGGUGGUUAUUCACAAUCCCACAGUUGAGGAGACCCAGCAGAUGUGUGUGUUGUAAUCGAGGGCAUCAAAGUGCUGAAUGGUUGUGGAAACAGAACCACAGCGUGCAUACUGUUGAUGGGAUUGAUAUAUGCCCUCAACCUUGAAUAUCCAAAAAAAAUGAAGUACACCUUUGAAGUCUUCCAGAAACUUUUUUUGAAACUUGACGGAGCAAAACUGCUGAAGAAGGUCCAAAGCCUCAAGUGUAAACUAAUGGAAUGAGCUGUUUGUACUGUAAGUUCAGCCUCAAUGUAAACUGUUUUAUUUGCAAAUGGUAAAUGUUCAAGAAGUAGCACGUUAUAUGUAAUGUGAG